AAUAAUGCAUAUUAAUCGUUCCUGAUUAAAUUAUUUAACUACAACUAGAAAGUUCUAAGAAACAUUUAGUAGUUUUGAUUAUUAGUACUAAGUUAGUUUAAAAGGUAAUUAACUAAAUAAUCGUACUAAUAAUGAUUAUGACCAGAAUUAUGUAGAUUAUACAAAUAGUAAGUUAUACCGAAAGUACCCUUGGCUUAUCCCUGGCGUUGCAAGGGUUUCUUUUUUUCCCUUUAAAAUGGUAGAAGAGAGACACUGACGUCGUCACACAGCACCACUCAAUUCGAGCAAACUCCAUACCUAGCUUCAGAGAGAAAAAAAAUCAAAUCUUUUUAGAGAGAGAAAGAGCAAAGAUGUCGAAAGAAGUGAGCGAAGAAGGAAAAACCCACCAUGGGAAAGACUACGUGGAUCCUCCACCAGCUCCGUUUUUCGACAUGGGAGAGCUCAAAUCCUGGUCUUUCUACAGAGCUCUCAUCGCUGAGUUCAUCGCUACACUCCUCUUCCUCUAUGUCACCGUAGCUACUGUCAUCGGCCACAAGAAGCAAACCGGUGCUUGUGACGGCGUUGGUUUACUUGGUAUCGCUUGGGCUUUCGGUGGUAUGAUCUUCGUCCUCGUUUACUGCACCGCCGGUAUCUCUGGUGGUCACAUUAACCCAGCUGUGACUUUCGGUCUGUUCUUAGCCCGUAAGGUCUCUUUGGUGAGAGCUCUUGGUUACAUGAUAGCUCAGUGUCUUGGAGCCAUUUGUGGUGUGGGUUUCGUGAAAGCUUUCAUGAAAACUCCUUACAACACUCUUGGUGGAGGAGCUAACACCGUAGCUGACGGUUACAGCAAAGGAACUGCUCUCGGAGCUGAGAUUAUCGGAACUUUCGUCCUUGUUUACACCGUUUUCUCUGCAACUGACCCUAAGAGAAGCGCUCGUGACUCUCACAUCCCCGUUUUGGCUCCACUUCCAAUUGGUUUUGCUGUGUUCAUGGUGCAUUUGGCUACUAUCCCCAUUACCGGAACUGGUAUCAACCCAGCAAGAAGCUUUGGUGCUGCUGUUAUCUACAACAACGAGAAGGCUUGGGAUGACCAAUGGAUCUUUUGGGUAGGUCCGUUCUUGGGAGCACUAGCGGCUGCAGCUUACCACCAAUACAUAUUGAGAGCUUCAGCAAUUAAGGCCUUGGGCUCAUUCCGAAGCAACGCAACCAAUUAAUGAGAGAUUAAAAGAUAUGUGAAGAAACAACUUUAAGAUUUAUAUGUUUUAUUAUUAUUUGUUGUUCUUUUGUGUGUAAUGCGAGAGAUGGUGGAUUGAUGUUAAUUAUGAAAUGGCUCAGUGACUUCUGUUUCUUUCUUUUUUAGUUUUGGUUUGUCUUUGUGGAUCAUUUGCCUUUGGUUUCUCCUUAGAAGUUAAAAUUUUUAUGUUUUCUCUGUA